AUGUUCCUAAUGAAGUGCUGUGUAAUUUAUUCUUCGCUCCAGGCUUGGCCUUUAUUACCUCCAAGUACCUUACAGCAUCUCCACUUUCCCAAUUUGUGGCAGGUCCAGGCAGAUGGGACAGACGGAAACUGUGUCACAUUUGUGUUGCACGAUGAGGAUCACACACUUGGCAACUCUCUGCGAUACAUGGUCAUGAAAAACCCAGAUGUGGAGUUCUGUGGCUACUGCAUCACUCACCCCUCUGAAAGCAAGAUUAACUUCCGGAUCCAAACCAGGGGGUCCCUUCCAGCUGUUGAGCCAUUCCGAAAAGGCUUGAACGAUCUGAUGGGUGUUUGUCAGCACGUCCUCAACACCUUUGAGAGGAGCAUGAGGGAAUACAGGGCCCAGAGGAAGGAAGAGAUGCAGUAGCAUCUGGAGAUGACAGUCCCUGUGGAUAAUGUGCAUAGCCCAUGUGUGUGAGUGUGUGUUGAAUUCCCCAUGUCAAGAGUUUCUUGUUAUUUUCUAUGACCACUUUGAAGUAAAUUUGUAUUUUUUCUAAUAAUAAAGUGUGAAGUGUGAA